AUGCAGCAAGCAGCACUGCACAAUCCAGCUAGCACAAGUUGUCUAGCCAGCAGCAGCGAUCCAGCCAGUAGCAGUGGUCCAGCCGGCAACAGCAGUCCUGCCAGUAGCAGCGGUCCAGCCAGCCAGCAUAAUCUAGCCAGCCACCAGCGGUCCAGCCAGCAGCUGCGGUCCAGCCAGCAUCAGCCGUCCAGCCAGCAGCAGCAACAGCAGCAGCGCCAGCAGCAGCGAUUCAGCCAGCUGCAGCAAUCCAGCCAGCAGCAGUGGUCCAUCCAGCCGCAACAAUACAAAGAGCAGCAGUUGCCCAGCCAGCAGCAGCAAUCCAGCCAGUGGCAGCUAUACAGCCAGCAGCAGCGAUCCAGCCAGCAGCAGAGGUCCAGCCAGCAGCAGCGGUUCGGACAGCCGAAGCGAUCCAGCCAGUGGGAGCGAUCAUGUCAGAAGCAGGAAUCCAGCCAGCAGCAGAAGUAG